CAUCAUUCACUACAUACAUGCCAAAUUAAUAAACAUAUUCAGAAAAAUCUCUAUUCACAUAAAUACUUUGAGGAAGUGGACUUUACCUUCUGCCGAGGGAAGUGACCGGCCUGGAAUUAGGGGUGACCGGCGACGAUGAGGGGGUACAACAGGCGGGGGCGGCUGCUGGUCGUGAGCGGAGGACCGGCGACGAUGAGGAGGGACAACAGGCGGCGCGGCUGCUGGUCGUGAGGGGAGGACCGGCGACGAUGAGGAGGGACAACAAGCGGCGGCGGCUGCUGGUCCUGAGGGGAGGACGGGCGACGAUGAGGAGGGACAACAAGAGGCGGCGGCUGCUGGUCCUGAGGGGAGGAGAACUCGAGCCGGUUUGCUGGUCGUGGGGGCGGGGGAGGAUGAAGGGGCGGCGAUUGAGAGGAGGUGGUUGCUGGUCGGCUGGCGCGGCGACGGGAAUCGGCGCUGGCUGCUGGUCGCUGGCGCGGCGACGGCUACUGGUCACGGGCGGCAGAAGGCUCUGGUCGCCGAAGCAUUUGAGAGAGGAUGAAGGGCUGGCGGCGCUGUUUGGAACAGGAAGGAAGGGUUUGUGUGGGUUUUAAGUGUAAAAAAAAAAAAGAAAUUCUUUUGCUUGAGUGGGGAUUCGAAAAGUGGGCUAUUUUAAUGAAAUCAAGUGCCCAACCCGUAGGAAUCCCGUGUGCAACAGGUUUACGAAUCAAAUCCAAAGCAAUAAAUUAUUGUUUCUCUUUUUUGGUCCUUGUUGUGCAACUUUGAUUCACAACAGAAAAUGAAAACCCAACUAAACAGGUUUUUUUUCUUGGUUUCUCCAAUUUUUAAAAACACAACAGGAAACAAAAACAGACAACAAUACUAAACGGGCCCGGUAUUUUAGUUUUUUUUUAUUAAUGGUAAAACGUGAAGUUGUAUUUUUAUCGUUAUGAAUUAUGAUACAACUUUAGAAUGUACAUAUAUUUUUUUGUAUAAAUUUUUUUAUGGUACAAAUUAAAACUGUACAUUUAUCUUAUGAUACAAUUUGAAGUAGUACGAUAAAAUAAAGGUACAUGUUCUCUUAUAGUACAACUUCAAUUUGUACUUUUCACGUCAUGGUACAACUUAAAGUUAUACUUUAAAGUAUGUUAUGGUACAACUUAAAGUCAUACAUUAUAUAUUAUUGUGUACAUUGAUACAAUGCAAAAACACAAAUAGAAGAAAAUUGGAUAAAAGAAACUGAAACAUUACAUGAAGAGUCAGAUAGUUCUAUAAGUAUAUCAAUAACAACGUUUUCAAAUUGAAAUAAGGGAAAACAACAUUUGAGGAAUAAGACGGAUCCCUACUCUACAGGAAUGGCCUGUACCGGGGCCCUCUUACCUAGGGGAAGCAGUUAGGGGAUUGGAGGUUCGAAUCCCUCUCCAUCCGCGAAGUCAUAAGUUAUCCGAGCUCACUACUUCGUUCCUUCGUCCUUCGGGCUCACUACUUCGUUCCUACGCCAGCUUCCUCUGUCCUGGUCUCUACUUCCUCAAUCAUAGCAUUGAUUUCCAACCGUCACAGGGCCGACGACUCCUCCUGACCAUUCCUCGGACCAAGAGGCUUGGACUAUGAGGCCAUUUAGCAAACGAGGCUCUCGAUGUUGUAACUAUCCUUAUUGUUGAACUCAUUGCAUAUGUCCUCCCAAUUUCUUUAACUUGUCAUCCAGGGAGAGGAACGAAGUCACUCGACCGAUAGGGAGAGGAACGAAGUCACUUGAGGAAUGAGUUCGGAGUUGAGCUCGACUUCGUGAAGAGGAAAGGAAGGUAGGGAGUCCUUAUCCACCCUGUCAACUUGUAAACUCUCCAAGUGUUUAUGUGACAAACAAUUACUUUUCAAUUGUCAUAAUAUUAUGUAUAAAAGAUAGAUAGAUUU